AGUUGAGGCUCAGUCUACACGCAUGAAGCACAUGGCUUGAUCCGUCCCUCCCAGUGCCCGUAACAAGGAAAGCCACGAGUGGGAGAGUAGCAUGCAUUGGACAAUACCGGAGCUACUACACUAGUGUGGAGAAGGCAGCCAUAACACCAUAUUCGUUGGUUGAACCAGAUUUCCAAAGAACAUCACGAUGGCAAGCGGAUCUGUGUCAGAAUCCAGUAUCCGGGUUAGCAUCAAUGAGGCUUCGCAAAGAUAUAGUGUCUAUAUAUUGCCCGGUCGUCAUGACCUCAACGAUGCUUGAUGUUCCUGGUUGAUAGUCAGCAGCCUUUGUGUCUUCUCUUCUCUCAUCUUUGACAAUGCUGUCUCCAGCUCAGGCCUCCGCUCUUUUCGUUGCCCUCGGCGCCGUCGGCGUUACGGCCCAAACACAAAGCCUCUGGGACCAAUGCGGCGGUAUUGGCUGGAGUGGUGCUACUACUUGCGCCUCCGGGUCGUACUGCUUCCACCAGAAUGACUGGUAUUACCAGUGCAUUCCUGGCACAGGACCUACAACGGCCGCUCCUGCUCAACCUACCACCACCGCUCAACCUACAACCACACUGAUCAGUACCACCAAGGCGCCCACCUCUUCAUCUUCGACGGCGGCUGCCCCGUCACCAACCACAUCCGUCCCCUCCGGUGGUGGUGGUGGUGGUGGUGGUGGUGGUGGUGUCUGCCCUAACGUUCCAAGCAGCCUCGGCGCAUCGGUCUCAACCCUUCCUGACCCCUUCACUUUCGCCGGAGGCCAAAAGGUCACCAACCGCGACGAUUGGGCCUGCCGUCAAGCCGAAAUCAAGGCUAUUUUCGAAAAAUACGAGCUCGGCACCCUCCCCGCCAAGCCCACUGUCUCCGCCAGCUACUCCGGCAGUACCCUCAGCAUCACCGCCUCCACCGGCGGCAAGUCCAUCUCCUUCUCCGUCACCAUCAACAAGCCGUCUGGGUCUGGCCCCUUCCCGGCCAUCAUCAGCUACGGCUCCUACGGCGCUAGCAUCCCCGUCCCCUCGGGCGUCGCCACCAUCCUCUUCAACAACGACGACAUCGCCGCCCAGACAGAUGGCUCCUCGCGCGGCAAGGGCAAGUUCUACGACCUCCAUGGUUCUUCGCACUCCGCCGGUGCCCUCACCGCCUGGGCCUGGGGCGUCUCCCGCAUCAUCGACGCCCUGGAACUCACCAAGUCGCAAACCAAUAUCGACCCGGCCCGCAUCGGCGUAACGGGCUGUUCCCGCAACGGCAAGGGCGCCUUUGUGGCGGGCGCGUUCGAGCCGCGCAUCGCCCUCACCUUGCCCCAAGAAUCCGGCGCCGGCGGCGCUGGCUGCUGGCGCCUUGAAGCCUGGCAAAAUGCCAACGGCUACAACGUGCAAGACGCCAAGGAGAUCGUCGGCGAAAACGUCUGGUUCUCGCCUGCCUUCAACUCCUACGUUAACAACGUCAACCAGCUGCCCUUUGACCACCACCUCCUCGUUUCCCUCGUUGCGCCCCGCGGUCUCUACAUCAUGGAAAACCCCGAUUUCGAGUGGUUGGGCAAGAUUUCUACGUACGGAUGCAUGGGUGCUGCGCGGAAAAAUUAUCAGGCGCUGGGAGCGCUGGAGGCGUUUGGGUAUAGUCAGGUGGGAGGACAUAACCAUUGUAGUUUUCCCAGUGCGCAGUCGAGUGAGUUGAAUGCGUUUGUGAGCAAGUAUUUGUUGGGUAACAGUGGGACGACUACGGAGGUUUUCAGGACGGAUCAGAAUCUGAACUUUAAUAUUGAGAGUUGGUGUCCUUGGAGUGUGCCUACUCUUUGAGGGGGUGGAGGUAUGGCUGUCUUGGACUGAGUGGGAAGAAAGAGGAGUGGGAGAUGACAUGACGGGUAAGGGGCAAGGGGUUUGAGGUGGG